CACACACAGCCAGUGCCGUGCACGAACUAGGGCGAAAGAUAAAAGAAGUUUUUCCCAAUCUGUCGCGCGAGUUUUCCCACACGAUGAGCGGCAGAGUUUUUCGGCCGGCUACAGCGCAGACAACUUAAGAGGAGCGUAAGUGAGUGAGGAGUGAGAGUGAAGUGGAGUGUAGGUCUGUGUGGGUGUGUGGGUGUGUGUGUGAGUGAGAGAGAGAGUGAGGGCGAAGCAGAGUGAAGGAGUGUUGAAGAAAACGAAAGCCGAGAGAAGCCUGCCCUUCCCGAAACGGUAUGCUUCCGCAUCCGCUACUAGACAGCCCGUGGACAUGAGUGUCACAUGACUCAUCGCGAUGCAUAAAAUUGCGUUAUGGCCCUGGUUAGCCAUAGCCUGGAGAUGGAGAAUCGUCAUUAUGUUGAGUUUGUUAGCACAAAGCUGGUGCGCCGGCUCUGCCCUGUCAAGUGGUUCAAGAACAAACGAUGGAAGCGGCGACCUGGAGGAGGACGGACCGCUCCGGGGGACGCCGGCGGGGGUGUUCUCCGAGCGGCAGGCGGGGGGCAGCACACCGGCGGAGGAAGCCGUCGAAGACUCUCUGCAAACAAUCCACGAUAUCGCGACGGAAAACCUGGGCGCCCUCUGCCUCACGAAGCUGUACAGCCCGCUGAAGAUAACGCUCAACCCGGAACGCUACACCGGCGCACGGCAGAAGGCCGACCUGGCCGCGGUCGUCCUGCAGGAUGUGGGAGUCUCGCGCCACAACGGAUUGCUUGAUGCCCUGGCCAAGGGUUUGCUCUCCGAUGCGCACGUCACCAGCGCUCGCAUCCUCUCGAUCAACGCCACCGACGGCCUGCUGACGAACUCGGUGUGGUGGAACAAGGAGCCGGGCGGCCUGAGUGCACCGAUGCGGAUCGAGGCCGACGGAAUCGCCAUCGGCACCAAGCCCGCUUCCACCUAUCCUUGGUACGAAGACGAAUCGUCCUCUCCCGGGCUGCGAUCGCCCAAAUUCCCACCGCCACCGCCGGACAUUUCGUACCGCGGCUGGUGGACCUACCCGUACUACUCCUGUGAUCAAAAGAAGUGGAUCUUGUCCUACAGCGUAGCAAUCCCACCGAUGGGUCGGCACGGCAUUCGCGGCUUCCUGAGCAUCGACAUCGACAUCAGCGACCUGCAAGUGAACCAGUGCAACAACCCGAACCGCUUCGAGAUCCUCAGCUACAACCAGCACCUCCGCCAGUACUACCCAUUCGUGCGCAACCUCAAGCUCGGCGAGGACGAGCAGAUGCGCCAGAUCGAGGCCUUUCACGGUUCGCACAAGUGCCACGCGCACAGCAUGCGCUGCGAGUACCGGCCGGUCGUGACGAGCGUCAUCACCGGUCCUUCCCCCCUUACCAUGAGCCUCAGCAACGGCAGCUCCGCGCUGGCAUCCUUCGCUGCCUCAUCCUCCUUAUCAUCCUCCUCCACCUCCUCGUCAUCGAUCAACGGGACGGGAGGGAUGGGGCCGAGUGUGGUGGUGGCCGCUGGCAACCCCAUGCAGACCGUCAUCAAUGGGUGGACCCGGGGAGCGUACCAGUGCCGCUGCCGGGACGGGUACUACUCCUUCCGCCAUCCGGACGGGUUUAACGGGAGCAUCAUGGAGGUAGCGUACCAGGAGUACCGGACCAACUACAGCACCUACUACAAGGAGGUGUUUGUAUGCGUGCGCUGUGCACCCGGUUGCGCCACCUGCACCGGUCCCGAACCCUGUCUCGCCAGCUAUGAUUGGGCUUUCAGAACGACACUGCUCACCUUCUCCGUCAUGUGCGCCGGAUUCACCGUCGUGCUCGCACUGUACAUGUACCAGCACCGGAAGGUGAAAGUGUUCAAGGUGGCCAGCCCGAUCUUCCUCACCAUCACGCUGCUCGGUUGUGCCUUCAUGUACCUGGAGAUGGCGGCCAUCUUCCCGAUCCUGGAUACCUACGCCUGCAUCGCCACCAAGUGGACGCGCCACAUGGGCUUCUGCGUGACGUACACGGCGCUGCUGAUGAAGACCUGGCGCGUCUCGCUCACCUACCGCGUCAAGUCGGCGCACAAGGUGAAGCUCACCGACAAGCAGCUGCUGCAGUGGAUGGUCCCGAUCCUGCUGGUCAUGUUCAUCUACCUCGGCACCUGGACCCUGUCCGCUCCGCCGACCGCCGAGAAGAUCGAGGACCAGUACGGGUUGAUAUUCAAGCAGUGCUCGUACAACUGGUGGGACCACAGUCUGGCCAUCGGGGAGGUGCUGUUUCUCGCCUGGGGAAUACGCGUGUGCUACAACGUGCGCAAUGCCGAGUCGCUCUACAACGAGGCCAAGCUCAUCUCGUACGCCAUCUACAACAUCGCGCUAGUCAACACGACCAUGGUGGCCUUCCAUCUGUUCAUCUUCCCCCAGGCCGGGCCGGAUAUUAAAUACCUGCUCGGGUUCAUUCGGACGCAGCUUUCCACCUCCGUCACGAUCGCGCUCGUGUUCGGCCCGAAGGUCCUGCGGAUCCUGCGCGGCCAGGGCGACCAGUGGGAUCAGCGGGCGCGCAAGCGUGGCAUCACCGCGUCCUUCUCGCUCAACGGGAUCGGUCUGGUGCCGGAGGAAACGGCCGACCUCUAUCAGGAGAACGAGGAGCUGAAGGAAGAAAUUCAGAAACUUGCUGCUCAAAUUGAAUUCAUGAAAAUUGUUCACAUGGAAAUGAACAAUCGCCAUCUGAAGCCGAAACCGGGCGGCUACUUCACCAUGAAGAGCCCGCUCGGCAAAUCGUUCGGAGGAAGUGGCAGUGGCAGCGGGUCGCACAAGCACAAACACACCGGUGGAAAGGAUGACUCGCUGCGGGAGCAUAGCGGCGUGACGGAGGACGGCCACAGCGGGACGAACAGUUGCUACUCGGGCACGGCCAACUCGAUCGGGUAA